GAAAUAUAUUCUAAAUUGCUCACUCUCUCUCAGAACGCGUUCUAUGAUGGAGUCCGGAAUUCAAAUAACGCGGGAUUCUAAGCACGCCUUCGAAGAAAUCUGGAAGAAAAGAACGCAUCGCUAUGCUGUUUUUUCCGUCCAAGAGAACCGCGAGAUCAUUGUGGAUGCCCUGGGAAAACGCGAUGCCAGCUACGAUGACUUCUUGGCUGACCUUCAGGGCGAACAGGACGAAGAUGGAGCAUGUCAGUGCCGCUUCGCGAUCUACGACUUCGAAUACGAACAUCACUUCAAGCCCAUGGACUCAUCAACCUCCAAGCUGAAGCUCAUUCUUGUCCUCUGGUGUCCGGAGCAGGCCAGAAUCAGGGAUAAGAUGAUCUACUCCAGUUCGAUGUGUUCCAUUAUUCGGACCUUUAUUGGCGUCCAAAAGUACAUCCAGGCCAACAACCUGGACGAUAUCAGUCGUGAAGCUGUCGAGAUGCAGCUGCGCGCCAUGGAUAGGGAUUAGGGGUUGGGGACUAGGGAUUAGGGAUGGACAUCCAUCAACACUGAACGAGGCGCCACCGAUACCAACGACACCAACGCUACGCCACACAAUGGGGAGAUGGGCAAAUAAAUUAACAAUUGGAUAUAUAAAUUCCUACAGUUUCAAA